UUCAAAUUUCGUUAACUUUAACCGAUGUUUUUGGAUACUAAAGUGCAAUUCGUAAACCAGUACGGUUUCGUCUGGUUGGAUCCGGUUUAAUCUGGUAUCCAACAGGUGCUCAAUAAAGGUCUGCAGAGACGCCACGAGACGCCAUUGCAGUUUCUGUUUCGAGUGCCUCCGCCUGCGGUCAUACGAGUUCGUCAGUAUCGGCCACAUAGGCCUCGUACCGUCUCAUCUAUCUCAUCUAUUCGUGUUCCUCAGGCACCACCUAGUUGACCUGGCAUUUGCUGCGCACCAGCACUGAACUAUGAGCUUGGGACCUGGCCAGCGCCGGCCGGCGCCAACUGCGCGUGUCAUGGGCUUCAACCUCACCCCAGAAAAGUCUCGUGAGCACAGUGACGGGGGAGAGCCAGCUGCAGUGUCCGGAAAACAUGGACUCCGACAAGCUAUUGAGGAGGUGCGCGCCAUGGAGAGGGACAUCAAGUCAAAGGAAAUGGAGUUGACUGACUGCAAGGAGGCAUUGAAGGCGAAAGCAUCCCGGGUGUAUAGUCUCGCACGCGAGCUCAUGGAAGUGAAGAACAGCAUGAAAGAAAUGGAGCAGCGUUGCAAGGCCAAUGAGAGAAGGGUCGCAGAAUUGGAACUUGCGGUAGAAGAUGCAACUGUCUCUUAUCAAGACUUGCUGAAGAAACUAACAGAGUAUCAUAAAAGGAAGGACGAGCUGAUGGAGAAUAUGAGGCUGUUGGAAGACUGCAACAAUAACAUUCCAAAUCUCCUGAAUGACUGUAAGAAGGAUGUGAAGCAGGCGUUGUCAGAGAUCAAAACUGUCAAGAGCAGAAUGCGUGACCUUACCUUGGAACUUGAUAUCUGCAGAAAGGAGUUGGAUGCGAAGUCGCAGCUCUAUGAGGACUCGGUGGAAACCAAGAUUUCUCUGGAAGAACAGCUUGGUGAUCUGCAGAAGCAUGUUGAGGCUCUCACAGCCGACAACGCGAAGUGCCAGAGCAAGAUGCAGUUUUUGGUCGAAGAACACAGCAAUGUCCUCUCUGAGAGAGCAAGCCUGGAGUGUCAGCUCAAGGAAGAGAAGGAUGAAAGGGCCCUGCUGGAUGCAUGCCUGCGAAAGCUGGCAGAAAGCCUGUGCGCCCAGCUGGACUUGAACAACAUGUCAACACUGGCAGUCAUCGAGGCCACAGGCAACGCACUGCAGCAACUAAUACAUGAAUGCGGCUCCCUGCGUGACAAGGAAGCGCUCAAUGACAGCACUAUAACAGCGCUGACUGCUGAGAAAGAUGCUUUGGCGGCUGAGAAACAGGCCUUAGGAGAGAAGCUCAAGGACUUACAUGAGCUCCAGGAAAAUAAUCAGCGCCUGGAGGAAGAACUGAAGGUCCAGGCGAAUGUCAAGAAAGAGAUGAUAAAAGAUUUCCGAGAAAGCCAGCACAAAUUAUUGGACUACUUUGAGCAACUGGAACGGGAAACUGCAACGACUUUGUCUACUUUGGACAAACGUUCUUAUGAUCUGUUGGCAGGUGCACUUGGGGGGCGAUCAGACAUCUCUAACGCAAUGUUCCGCUUGAGGCACAUAAGCAACAGGGUGUCUGAGCUCGACAACGAAUGUGUUCAGAAGGAGAUGGAGCUGCAGCGGCUGAACGGAGUGUGUGCAAACAAUGCCUCGACUAUUGAGGUCCUGAAGGCCGAGAAUGAACGUCUGUAUGAUGGUGUCAACAACUUCGAACAGCUUGCACAAGGAAAUGCUGAUGACCUAGCAGAAGCACAGAGGGAAAUUGCAUCACUCAAGGAGGCCCUAGCCGCAGCCGAGAUGGAAGCUGUUCCAGUGGAAGAGCGUGAAAAGGCUGCCCUGCUGCUUCUCGAGAAGGAGACGCAGGUUUCCCAGUUGGAAGAGAAGCUGAAGGAGAUGGAAGGCGCACUGUCCGAGCUCAGGAAGGAAAAGGAGGCAGCAUACCAUGCUGCGGAGGUGCUCAGUGAUGCCAAUCAGGGCUUGAAGGAUGCCAUGCUGAACCUCGCUGAAGAGCUUACCCAGGAGCGAUCGCAGAAGGAGAACAGAGUUGAUAAUGAUGCACAAACAGAGGAGACUGAAACGGUCGAUACCAACAUGCAGACAGAAUAUGCAACCAAGGUCGAUACCAACAUGCAGACAGAAUAUGCAACCAAGGUUGAUUGUGACCUGCAGACUGAUGACAUACCUGAAGUAAACUUGAACUUGCAGCCAAAGGUUGAUUGCGAAGUGCAAACAGCCAACACAAGCGACGACGAAUUCCUGUCCAAGCUCGCAGGUGCGCAUCUCGAAAUAAACCGACUGAAUUUGUCUUUACGCCGACUCAACUUUGAAAAAGAAGCUCUUCAGGAAAGCCACAAGGAUUGUGAAGGAACAAGAGCCGAGGAGGAACACACACGCUUGGACCUGGAAAGGCGGGUGGAGCAACUGCUGGACCAGGCAAUUGCGAAAGAGAGGGAAAUGGACGAACAGCAAAAGACGAUCAACUCAUUGCAGGCCUCUCUUGAGUUACAAGAGAAAGAAGCUCAAAAGCUUUCUAGGAGCACUAACCAAGCAUCUGCUGAACUGAAGACACAGAAUGAGCGCCUGAAGGCAGAAGUGUCGAAGGUGCAGAAGAAGGUUCAGGACCUGAUCUGCGAGUUAAACACCGUGAAAGAGACUGAAGCAUUGAAACGGGAGCGCAUCGAGCAGCUCUACAAGCAGACCAAGGAGGAGGUCCAGUUUCUGAAGAAAUCAUGUGAUGGGGCUCCAGGAACUCCUCUUCUCCGGGCUAUGACACCAGUGUUUCAGUCGAAGUUCGGAUCCGUGCUAACAGCUGCCGCUGCAGAACCAGCAGUUGAGCACGAACAUGCAGGCAAAUGUGAGACCAUAUUCACUCCUGAGCCUAUGGACACACCAGUCAAGUCCAGUGUUUCAUGGACUGGGGCAAAGGCUACGGUGUUGGCUGCACCAUUUUCUGUCGCAGAAUCACCUAGUACUGACCAUUCGUCUGGUGAUUCGGCUAUGACACCAGUGUUUCAGUCGAAGUUCGGAUCCGUGCUAACAGCUGCCGCUACAGAACCAGCAGUUGAACACGAACAUGCAGGCAAAUGUGAGACCAUGUUCACUCCUAAGCCUAUGGACACACCAGUCAAGUCCAGUGUUUCAUGGACUGGGGCAAAGGCUACGGUGUUGGCUGCACCAUUUUCUGUCGCAGAAUCACCUAGUACUGACCAUUCGUCUGGUGAUUCGCUCUCAAAUUUAAUGGACGAAAUCGAGAGGACAACAUCCAAGGCCUCGCUUCUGAAGCAGAGUGGCACGGGGGUUGGCACCCACAAGGAAGAAAGCGCAAGCAAGCUCCCGGAAGCAGCCAAGAUGUCGGCUCGGCGUGCCGUGGCAAAGCCCGUGACCACAACGCGAAGAAAGAGCCCUCGUCAGGCUGUGUCUGAGAAAUCUAGGCGCUGCAAGGCAACCGUAAAGGCAUCACCUUACAAGGCUUCCACUGUUGCUGGUACACAGAAGAGAUCAGUGAAGCCUAGCAAGAAAGCAGAUGACACUUCACUCGUGUCUUGGCCUGAAAUGUCAACAAAGUCAGCUGCAGCUGCACCGGCUGCCAAAAAGAGGAAGUUCUUUCAGGCGAAAGACAGCGACUCGGAUGACUUCUUCAGUAUGGGUUUUGUCUGAGCGCUGACUUGCCCUACGGCAGCUUACAACUUUGCCAGAUUUCUCCUGUGCAUGGGUCUGCAUAGGGUCUUUUUUUUUUUUUUUCUUAAAUUUCCCAUGCGAGGUCUGCACAAAGGGCACAUUUUUUUUUUUUACGUGCGGGCACACGUAAUAUUUCACCUCUUUAGUUCUUUUGCUUUUGGAACUAAGAUGUUAACUCCUGCUCAAAGUUCUUUACCUUGUAUUAUCGGUUCGAUUUUGUCUUAGCUUAGCUUGCAAUUGGCGUUUUCUGUUUGCCAUUGUCUGCUGGAAGCAACCAGCUGCAUUGUUCCCUGUUCAUAUCAGGUACUCGGUGCGAGCAAGCAUUCAGCAUUUUUUUUUUUUUUUUGCCACAUCCAUAUGAAUGUGUUCACUUUUUGUUCUAUAGUUGAUUUCCUCAUAGAGAAGAUUAUUUAUAUUCAUGCUAUCAUAUAUUUUUAGUCUGUGAUGUAAGUUUUAAUGUUUAUAUUUAUUUUCUUUUUUUUUUUGCCCAGUAAGCAGGUUUAUUGCUUGCAGAUUCGGUGUAUAAAUUGCAACCUUUUAUUUGUUAUAUUCACUUGUUUUGUCAUCAAAGCUCCGAUAAACAUUUGUAUUGGCACAAUAA